CAGUGCAGCAGCUGGGCUGUCCUGAAGCCUCCAGUCACCUACCAGGACCUUUCUUUAAGUGACCAUGAAGUCACUCUUCCUGAUCUUGUGCCUUGCUCUGCUCAAGGACUGUGGAUCUGUCCCAAUGGGCCCAGGGGCUUUUAGGGAACUAGACUGUGAUGCCCCAGAAUCACAGCAAGUAGCCCAGGCUGCCGUGGACUACAUCAACAGCAAUCGUAAACUGGGCUACAAGUAUACCUGGAACCAGAUUGACAAAGUAAAAGUGUGGUCUCGGAGGCCCAUGGGAGAGAUCUAUGAGAUAGAAAUCGACAUGCUGGAAACCACGUGCCAUGCACUUGACCCCACUCCUCUGGCAAAUUGUUCUGUGAGGCAGUUGACACAGCAUGCCGUGGAAGGAGACUGUGAUGUCCAGUUGCUGAAACAGGAUGGCCAGUUUUCUGUGAUUUUUGCCAAGUGUGAUUCCACUCCAGACUCUGCCGAGGACGUGAUCAAAGUUUGCCCCCACUGCCGCCUGCUGGCCCCGUUGAACGACAGCAGGGUGGUGCAUGCUGUGAACGCAGCCCUGGCCGCCUUCAAUGCACAGAACAAUGGCUCCUAUUUCCAGCUUGUGGAGGCUUCCCGGGCUCAAAUUGUGUCUCUUCCACCCUCUACCUAUGUGGAGUUUGUCGUGGCUGCCACUGACUGUGUUGCAAAAGAUGUCACAGACCCAGCUGCAUGCAAUAUGCUGGCAGAUAAGCAAUAUGGAUUUUGUAAGGCCACACUCACUGAGAAGGUCAAUGGCGAAGACAUUGCAGUGACUUGCACGGUGUUCCCAGGACAGCCCCCAGCAGAUGUAGGGGUCAUCGACCCAGUGGUGGACUUACCUGUUGCAGUUGACCCAGCCCCAGCUGCCAUGGUGAUGGGACCUGUGGUGAUGCCAGUUCCCCAGGGACCUCCAGAGCACCGGGCACACUAUGACCUGCGCCAUGCUUUCUCAGGCGCUACUUCAGUGGAGUCCUCAUCAGGAGAAACAUUCACUCGAAUGAAACAACCUAAGCCAGCCGUUGUUAACCCCCUGGUUCGUCCAUGCCCUGGGAAAAUCAGAUACUUUAAAAUCUAAGUGAAGGUCAAAUAUAAGAAAUUUUGGCACCAAGAACAUCACCACUAUGUGCCUGAGUACCUGGUUAUGGGUAGUAACCUUAUCUAAAGCCAGGACAAAUAUUAACUGUUUCAGAGGACAGAAGCAGAAAAGGUGAGGGUUGAGUUUGAUGGAAAGCAGGCCAACAACUUGGUUGUCAUUGUUUGAAUGCUUAAACAUCACUGUUAUGGUCUCUGUCUUCUGCGUGACC